AUGUUUGGAGGCUCCAACUCCAACUCGCUAAAUUCCAGCAUCGAUCCCGACACCGCCUCUGACCGCAAGCCUCCUUCCCCGGAAGCCGCCACCUCCCAGCCCAUUGCCGUAGCUGCCAUCAAGACUACUGAUCAGGCAGCCAGUGGUGAGAAGCGCCACACCAAUGGGAGCCCGCCCACCAGGCAGGAUAACGGCGGUUCCACAGACAAGAAACGCCGAAGCAGCAGCGUAAGCAGCAAGGCCAGCAGUCUCCUUGCUUCUGCCAGGAGCUCCUUUGGCUUCUCUCCCAGCUCACGCCACAGCCCCGACAUGGCCUCUCCCAUUCAGAAACUCGGCAAGCAGGACCCGGCCCUCGCUGUCCCUCAGGGCCACCAGAAUAACUCGGCCGGCGAUUCUGUGCCCGGUCCCAAGUCGACCUUUCGCGUCGGUGUCUGGGAAGACCGUAAUAGAAAAUGUCGCCGUACCAUGGAAGAUACUCACGCUUUUCUCUACAACUUUCUCGACUCCCAUGCUGUUGAUGGCAGUAUCAGUUCCAAGUCUGACAAGUCCUCCGCCGACUCGUCCAGUACAGAAGUCGCAGAAUCCGACAAUGGGUACUUUGCCAUCUUUGACGGCCACGCCGGCACCUUUGCCGCCGACUGGUGCGGCAAGAAACUUCACAUUGUUCUCCAAGACAUUGUCAAGAAGAAUCCCAAUACGCCUCUGCCAGAGCUCCUCGAUCAGACAUUUACAAGUUGCGACGCCCAGCUAGAAAAGCUUCCACUUAAAAACAGCGGGUGUACUGCUGCUAUUGCCGUAUUGCGCUGGGAGAAGCGCUCUGCCAGUGACCGCUAUAAUGUUGCCGUUCCCACCAUUGCCAUGCCCGCCGCCAAGAAUGGCAAGCUGUCCGAAGCCAACUGCGAUUUGGACAAGACCAACUCGGCCGACAAAGAAGGACCCACGUCAGUGCCGUCGAAAUCGCAACCGAACAAACAGCGUGUUUUAUAUACUGCCAACGUCGGCGAUGCCCGCAUUAUUCUAUGUCGUAACGGCAAGGCGCUCCGUUUGUCAUACGACCACAAGGGCAGCGACGAGAAUGAAGGGAAGCGCAUCGCCAAUGCAGGUGGUUUGAUCUUGAACAAUCGAGUCAAUGGAGUCUUGGCCGUCACUCGUGCCCUUGGCGAUGCCUACAUGAAGGAUCUCGUCACCGGCCAUCCUUAUACCACUGAGACGGUCAUCCAACCUGAGCUCGACGAAUUCAUCAUCAUUGCUUGCGACGGACUCUGGGAUGUCUGCGGCGAUCAAGAAGCCGUCGACCUCGUCCGCAACUUGCAGGACCCUACGGCUGCAUCGAAGCUCCUCGUUGAGCACGCUCUAAGUCGUCUCAGUACCGACAAUCUCUCUUGCAUGGUCGUCCGCCUUGAUAAGGAUGCCAUGCAGCAUGCCAGCAAGGGCGACACCGGCGCCGAAAUGAUCAACAGUAAGACCACCGAGGCCGACAAGAUUGUGGCUGAAACGAAGCAAAAGAUUGUCGACGGCUCAACCGCCCCCAUUGGCGUCUCGGCCACCAAUAGCGGCCGUGGCUACGACGCCACCGGUGGGCCUGAUGACGAUUUCGUGCCCACGGCCCUGCAUGAGCUGGUCGUUGAAGAGGAAGUAGCUGUUAUUGAUGAAGAAGACGCCGAGGUAACGCGCGCCGGGGAGGAUACGCCCGUGCAAGAAAAGCCCGCAAAGGGCGGCACUGUACUCUAG